GCCCCUGGCAACUGCUGUCUUCCGCUGCGGCCUCGGAGGAGCGGGCGGGAGCGGCAAGAUGGCUUUGAGCUCCUGGACCAAAGAGCUUAUUGCGGCAGAGAAGCUGAUGCGGGAGGUGGCCGUCUCCACCGGCCCCUCCCUGGAGCUCUGCACCGUCCCCGCCAGCCUGGGCUCCUCGGUGGCGGCCGGCGCGCUGGAGCAGCUCUUUGCCGUGGAAAAAUCACUGAAAAGUGACUAUUUUAAAUGCAAUAAAGAAGCUGGAAUCUUUCUUAAGGACAUUUCUGUAGCCGUGAAGAAAUUGGAAGAAAUGAGAAGAGCCACAAUCGAUCUUCUGGAAAUUGAGAGCAUGGAAUUCAGCAGGCUGUACUUCCUGUUGGGAACUCUACCCAAUACCAUUAACAAGGAAGUGGAAGAAUGUGUCAGAGAUGCUCGCAGAUUAAAUCUUCAGGAGAUCAAUGAAAUACAAACAAAAAUCAGAAAGACGAAUAAUGAAAUAGAGUUUUUGAAGAUGAAAAUCAUUGAACUGGAAGAAGAAAAUGAAGACUUGGGUGAAAAGCAAGAAGAGCUGGCAGGGCGGUAUGAGAAGUUUGUCACGGCACUCAACUACGCGUUGGAAGAGAAAGCCACGGCCACUGUUUACAUAAGUGAGACUUACACCAGAAUCAGCUUUGAGAAAGAAGAAAUAGACUCAAUAAAAAAAUGCAUUAAAGAGGCAGAGGAGGAAAUAGAAAAGCAAAAAGCAGAGUAUUUGACAAAAAAACAAGCUCUGACUGUACAGAUUGAAGAAUUCAAAAAAAUCUGUGAGCUUAAGAGAAAGGAGACUUACAAAAAGAAGAAAGAAUUGGAUAAAUUACUAGCUAAAAUGUCAAAAGUUAAAGAAAUAGUUACCAUCAGAUCAGUGAUUCUCAGUGAUCACAAUUUAGAGAUGUCAGAGCUACAUGGAUCAAUAAAUCAUUGGGAAAAACAGGUGGAUGAAAUAAAGAAAUCCUGCAAGAUGCUAGAGGACAAAAUGCGUUUAUUCACAACUCACAAGGAGAAGCUGGACAGUAUAUCCAAUAUUGAGAAAACUGAAUAUCUGCAAAAGAUAAAACAGGCAGAGUGGACAGUGAGAGAGAGACAGAGAAAAAGUUCUUCCUUUGCCGUUGGUUCACCCUCCAAUGACCGCCGCAGCCGGCACACUGCACUGAUCCGAAGUAGGAGCCAGCUGACUGAGAAACGACUCAGGGUGCAAUCAGAGAACAGAGAUCUACGAGAGAAACUGCAGACUCUGAUGAGACAGUUGAAGAUUGUCUUAAGUGAGGAGGAUAAAGUUUUUGUAUACAAACGGAAGAUCUAUGAUGAAAAUCAGAAACAACUGGCAUUCAUUGCUCAGAAAGAAAACUUCAUAGCACAAAGGAAGGUAGACAUCAGAAAUAUGGAAGAAGGACUCGUCACCCUCCGAGAACUUCAUCAAACAACAAAAGAAACAUACCGGAAACAAGUAAAACUCCUAAGUGAAAACCUGGAAAGAGAAAGUCAGAGAUGUAUCAUAACACAGUGGAAAAUAGCUUGUUUGAGAAAAAAGCAUGCGCGCUGGAGAGUCAAAGCAAGGGCAGAGGUACAAGAACUUGCAGAAAAGCUUGAGCGAGCAGAACGCAGACGAGCUCAAUUAUUCCGAGAGACCACUCUUAGAGAAAAGGAGAUCGAGGAAUUUGUGGCACAGAUCGACAAACUUACAGUAGAAUUAAGAGAAGAAGAAGCAGAAUUUAUUACAAAUGAAAAAAUGCUAAUAGAGGAGCUAACCAAAUAUGAGGAGAUAUUUGUUCAGAAAGCACAAAUUAGUAGAGAAAAAGAAGAUGAGCUAGUUGAUCAGCUUCCACAACUUCAGAUGGCAGAAGAAGAAUACACAGAGAAGCACCGGAAGUUACAAGAGGUGUGCGCUAUUCUUUCAGCACACAAGGAGGAGGAGAAUAUGAUGAACAAUGGCAUUUAUCAGUUCAUGAGGGACUUUUCCAGAUACUUUAACGAUGCGGGGAAAGUGAAGCAAGAAGUAAAACACUUACGAGAUCAAGAAAGCAAAAAAAUUAAAGACCAUUUUGAAAUUCUCAAGAGCUUGGAAAAUGAAAUCUACGUAAAUGAUCAAAAAGUAGAGCUUUUGCUUCUGGAAAAUAAAAGAUUAAAAGAAUAUAUUGCGUAUCUGAAGGGCAGCACAGAGAAAUGGAGGAAUGGACAGGAAGCCCUCAGGCAUAACUUCAGUAGCCUCUCCUGGCAACUGAUAGUUCAGCAGACAUAUUAUGUGGAUCUGUGGACUGACUUUCAGACCAUGGUUAAGGACUUGGUGUGCACCGGCGAAAAGACCUUGCAAGAAAUAAAAAAUCUAAUAGAUAAGCUGUACGAAAGGGAUGAAAAAAUCGAAAGUAUCAGUACUUGGCUCCAAGGGAAUCUGGAAGAGCUGCGUUCUCUCAUGAAGCAGGAAUCAUCAGUGGACCUGCGUCAAAAGGAUCAGAAGAGUACCAAGAAAGUUCAGUUCCCGCAUGCAAAACACAUCAGGAAAAAGGCAUUAGCGAAGACCACCUAACAAGGUAACUCUAGGACACAGCGGUCGUGAACCCCGGAGGCAGAAACAAAGCCACAGGAAAAGUGAGUGCACUUGCUUUCAUGUACUGUAACUGUUAAUGCCAGUCUUAAAAGUGUGAGGUUUAACUCACUCUCCCAACCCCACCAAGCAGAACCAGGAGAGCCUUCUACAUAGUACAAACGGAUAAACACGGUCAGAUUAGGCUAAAUGCUAAAAUGUUUUAUUUUGCUCCCAUGAUUGUAAGCACGAGUCUUCUGAAGCCU